AUGGAGUUCACGUCAUUCUCCGGAGCCAAACGCACCGUCGCGUCCGAUGCCGCUCGACGCGCCGACUUUGACGAGAUUCCCAUCAUCUCUCUGACAGCCAGCAAAGAAGAAAUCUUAGCAAAGCUCACCGAUGCCUGUACUCGCAUUGGCUUCUUCUACGUCAAGGACCAUGGUGUGCCACAGGAAAAAGUGGACCGCAUGUUUGAGUUGGCCCAGAACUUCUUCGCUCAGGACCUCAGCAAGAAGAACGAGAUCAACUACAAAAAGUCGAACAUCCUCCGGGGCUACGAACCACCGGCCGAGGUGCGUACUGAUGAAACCCGCAAACCCGACCUGAACGAGGCUUUCAACUGGGGCUACGAAAGAUCCCUCGACCCCUUAUGGUCCCGCACCGACGACACAGAAGAAUGGCAAGACAACCCCAUGUCCGGCCCAAAUGCCUGGCCCAACUUCCCCGACUUCAAAGAAACCAUCAGCGCCUACUACGCCGACGUCCUGGCCCUCGCCCGCCGCAUGAUCCGACUCUUCGCCGAAGUCCUCCUGCUGCCACCCAACUUCUUCGACCCCCUCGUCUCCACCCCCGGCGCCAUGGGCCGCAUGAUCCACUAUCCACCCCAAAAACCGUCGGACCCCAACGCCCUGGGCAUCGGCGCCCACACGGACAUCGAAUGCUUCACCAUCCUCUGCCAAGGCACCGUGCCGGCCCUCCAAAUCCUCAACGUCAACGGCGACUGGAUCGAAGCCCCUCCCAUUCCAGGCACGUUCGUCGUCAACAUCGGCGACAUGCUCGCAAGGUGGACCAACGACCGCUUCAUCAGCACCGUGCACCGCGUGUGGAACAUCACGGGCCAAGAGCGGUAUUCGAUCCCGUUCUUCUUCGGCGUCAAUUACGACGCCACCAUCAAGACGCUGGAUUCGUGUCUCGAUGAGGGACAGAAAAGCAAAUACGAGCCUGUUCUGGCGGGCGAGUACGUGUGGAAGCGUUUGUCGAAGAGUCGGUUGGGACCCGAGGAGGUGAGCGCCGCGGCAUGA